AUGUCGAACAACACGGAAGCCGAGAUGACGAGCUCUAUCGAGCAAAACGUUAGCCUAGGUUUCUACAUCGCCAUCAUUGUAACUGGUUUAAUGGGCAAUAGUUUGGUGAUCGCUGUCAUUUCUGGCAAGAGGAGCAAAAGGUCCAUAUAUGAUCUGUUUAUUUUGAAUCUUGGCAUUGCCGACUUGUCGUUCAUCAUCUUUUACAUGCCAAUCCUAAUUUACGAGGGGUAUAUCAACAUCAUUUACAAAACUGUCUAUUAUUGUCGACUUGUUCAGCCUUUGUUGACAAUCUUUUAUUUCUUGAGCAUCUUCACCAUCUCUUCCAUGGCAAUCCAUCGUUGCAGGCUGAUUACAAAUCCGUACAAACCCAAAAUGAAAAAACGAAGUGGUUACCUAUGGAUCGCUGCUAUCUGGCUCUCUUCAUUAAUUAUCGUGCUGCCAUUGUCCAUUGUCACAAAACCGAAAAACGGGCGAUGUAACGAGGAAUGGCCAUCACUGAACCAUCGCAAAGCCUACACACUGGCUCUUUUCAUUCUUCAGUUUGUUAUUCCGCUUCAGAUAAUCGCUGCAGCGUACCUUAAAAUCGGUAUCUACUUGUGGCGCUCACCUGUUCCGCAAAGUUCCCUUUCCACUGCUAAGAAGAAGCGGGCACAGAGAAGAAAAAGGGAGAACGUGCAGGUUAUCAAAACACUGGCUUUGAUCGUGAUUCUGUUCACCAUCUGCUUACUGCCGGGUCAAAUUGGUUAUCUUUUAUGGGAGUUUGGAGAUGAAGAAGACCAUGCCACGAUGGACAUCAUUUUCAAAUUUUCCAUUAUUCUCGAUUGCUUUCACGCUUGUGUGAAUCCGAUCGUUUAUGGACUGUUAACUGAACAGUUUCGCAGAGAAUACAUCAGAUAUCUGUCGUUUUGUCUUACGUGCGGCACAACACGGGUGAACACAAUGCAAGAGACCCACAACGUAGAGAGCACAAUAGAAAUAAUUUCGCCAUUGACAACAAAAAGAAAACUUACCAACGAGGAUGUAAAGACGAUACCGAAUGAUCUGAACGAGCCACAGUAUUCCAAAAACACAAAUUCGCACAUAACGCGAUCCUCGACAGCAUGCUCCUCUACGCUGCAGGAACCAACCCUUAUCAAAUAUAUUUAUACACCAACUGACUGA